UGCUGGCAGAAUGUCCACAAGUUGGCCUCUGAUGGGAAGUGUUGCUCAUCUUUGGAAACAGCAUACAUUCAAAAAAGACGAUAAAAAGAAAAGGCUGGUUCAAAAGGAGGCACGUGAAAUGAACGUAAAAGAUCUAGGCCUGGUGUGGAAGCUGUUAUUCAUGAACACUUUAUCAUGUGGCUUGGAGGCCAGCGUAGCUGUAGGAACCAUCUACAUCCCGCCUCUAUUACUGCGGGCAGGCAUGGAGGAACGCUACAUGACUAUGGUGCUCGCGAUGAGUCCAGCACUGGGUUUGAUCUUUACACCCAUGAUUGGCUCAGCUAGUGAUUCACGGCAAGGUCGUUUCGGUCGGCGGCGGCCAUUUAUCUGGAUGUUGAGCCUGGGAGUUUUACUAGGCCUGCAAAUUAUACCACAGGCCCAUCACCUGGCUGUGCUGAUAUCCCCACAGUACUCCUACUGGCUGGAGGUUGCCUUCUUGGUUGUAGCUGUGUGUCUGCUGGACUUCUGUGGACAUGCCUGUCUAACCAUGCUGGUGACGCUGCUGUCCGACCUGUUCCCUAAUGAGGAGGAGAACCACAAAGCAUUCUCAGUUAAUUCCCUGAUGACUAGCCUGGGGGGAUGCCUGGGGUUCUUCCUCCCUUCUAUGGACUGGAGCCAAGCACCCUUAGUAACCUACUUGGGAGGGCAGGAGGCCUUUGUCUGCGCCCUGCUUGCCUCCAUCUUUCUUGGCUGCCUUCUCACCACCGUCUUUAUCACAGAGGGGACUGGAACCACAGGGGGGGAGAGGAAAACUAACCCUUUGAAGAGCCGGGGAAGUGGAUGCUGCCGUCACUUGUUUCUGCCCCCUCAGUAUUUCCCUGUUGCACUGCAGCCAUGCGCAUCAGCAUGUAAGUCUGCGAUAUAUCAAGUGUAUACAGCAUGUGAGAGAGUGCCAACAGUCAUAUGGCGACUCUUUAUGGCGGAGACGUGCAGCUGGAUGUCCCUCAUGAGUGUCAUGCUCUUCUUUGCUGAGUUUAUGGGGGAGGGAUUGUACAAGGGAGUGCCGAGUGCAGCACCAGAGUCAGAGGAAAAAAGACAGUAUGAUGAAGGUGUGCGUGUGGCCAGCCUGGGUCUGUUUCUGCAGUGUGUCGUGUCAGUGCUGUGCUCUGCGCUAAUGCACUUCUGGGUUGCUCUUCUGGGAGCCAGGGUGGUGUACAUCAGCGGUGUAGCUCUGUUGGUGUUUGCCACCACCAUCAUGACUGUCUCAGAAAGCGUGACAAUGGUCACUAUCAUGGUGGCUGCGACAGGAUACACACUUGGUGUACUUCAGGUUCUGCCAUACACCCUGCUCUGUCUCUAUCACUCAAAUAAACAAACUUAUUUCACUUCAUCCAACCCCAGACCUCGCAGGGAUCACGUUGUGCUUGCAAAGAACUUCCCCACCUGUGGACCAGACAGUCUUUGUCCUAAUGGCCACACAGGGACACCGAGUUUACCCGGGACAGAGCCUUCUGUUGGAUCAUCCCAUGUUUCCCUGACUGUGGCUGGAGGUGACAGAGCUGAAGCAAACUGCACACAAGUCUCCCAGAGAGGGAUUUGUUUUGACAUGGCAAUACUGGACAGCGCUUACCUGCUCUCCCAGGUGCUGCCGGCGAUGUGCCUCGGUUCGAUAGUACAGCUUUCGAACAGCGUGAGGACUUACAUGGCCUCCGCCUUCUGCUUCGGCCUGCUGGCUCUUCUCUGCUCUACCAAGGUUGUCUUCAGCCAUCAUGACCUCUGACAGCCACCACAUCUCCAUCAAGAACAUCAGCAGAGGACAAACAGUAUACCUCCUUAUACCUCCGUGUUUGUGACGGCUUACAGACGCAUGCCGAACAUGCCAUAAGUUGAAGGCAGCAGCACAUUGUCAGCGUCGGUGAUGAAAUGUGGACACAUGUUGCUUUCAUCACAGUCAGAGGAAUUUACUGUGGGUAAAAUCAAACGGUGAACAGAAACUUUGUUCAAAAUCUUCUUUUUAUAUUCUUGUAUAGGCAUCAAUAGGGAGUGCCAUCCUGCUGUGUACUGUUGCUAGGAAACCACACUGUGGAGUCUUGACACUCCUUGUGUGGUGCAUUUUGCUGCUGACUCUUCAUCCAUAUGCUGUAUAAUAACUGAAUGAAGGCAAAUUCCCAAUGUAAAUACACACACACACACACAUACCUUUAAAAUGAAGCUGCCUUUCUAGCCAGGUGUCCUAGUUGUUUGGAGCUGGUUAUUCAUGAGCCAGGUCACUGCCUAAGAUUUAAUUUUAGAUUUAUCUCUCCACACCCUGUCUUACUAUUGUUCCACCUCUGGCAGCUGAUUCUGUCAACAUCUCAAGGACAAUAUUUACUUUUCAGCGUUCUGUCAGAGUUUCCUGUCUAUGUCUAGUAUGGCAAAAGAAAACCAAAUGCUGCACUGAUAUCCAUCUUAUUGAAGUUCACUUGAAAAUGUUGCAGGGUAAACAUGACAAUGUGACAAAGGAAUGUUAUUUGCAAUAUUCUGCAUGAGCAGCUGUUGCUGUUGUACACCUCCUGAGGAGCUGUUAGCCGUGAAUGUGUGUGGAAAGCAGAGAAUCUGAUGAGUACGUAGUAAAGCUAAGAGGCUGUUAGCUUGCCCAGUUAGCCUAGCUUGCUUCAAAAACUGUACCAACACCUCAGUUAGAUAAUUCCACUUUAAUAAUACAGUAUGGCAUAUAUCAAUAUGCUUAGAAUGCAAUACAUGCAGUAGUGUAAUAAAUAAUAAAUGUUGUAAAUAAUAUAACACAUGUAUAGCUUUAAUAACACAAUUUAGAUGGGUUUUUAUGAGGAGUUCAAGGUUUUAUAAGGGUUAGUGCAGUCUAUGAUAAUUAUAUGUGUGUGUGUGUGUGUGUGUGUGAUUGAUUGAUUUUCAAUAUUAUUAUAAAUAAUUUUUCCAUCUCCCGUUGGCGUGAAGAUUUUUAGAGCCUGACUUGUUGCGGCUCUGCUGAACCACCAGGGGGAGCUUUUGCCCAACAGACCAGCAGCACGUCGUCAGCAGGUCAGGACUGGUGAAGUUCAUUGUGGUGCCGGAAAAAGAGGAUGAGGAUGAUAUUGUUUACUUGUGGUCAUCAAAUGAGUGGGAUAAUGAGUUAUUACUGCUGCUGUUUCACAAAGAGGGUUUCUUCAGGCUGAAUUUGUCUUUGAGCCUGUGAUUUUAACUUUCACUACUUUUGUUUUGAUUCUGGAUUUAGACCGAGAUAAUAUCACACUUUCACAUUUUUGACUAAAUGUUGAAUGAGAUGGCAAGAAUGAAACCCAAAAAGAAGAAAAAAAAGCAAAUAGUAAAUUAAUGUGCUGAUUUCUCUGUGCAGUACCUACUGUAAGGAAAUUUUAUAUUUAAGCUUUCAAAUCCAACUCACCUAAAAAAUAACUAUGCCCAAAAUUUUGACUUUUUAUGAGAAUUUUAAAUAUGGAUCUGUUUUUAUUUUUUUAUUUUUUUUACAGUAGUCCAGUGUAAAUGUAAAUGGUCAUACUUAAUGCACAGCUUUGGUACCAUGUUGGGUCAAAGUGAAUGAAUUAAAUAAUUAGUUUGAUUAAA